UAGGAGAGCAGACGAAACGACAUGACGCGACCGAUACGUCGGGAGGAUCGAUGAUAACGAGGCUGCGAUGCGACGUGCGUAUCGAUCUCUGUACGAUCGGUGAUCAUAUAGAACGAGAGGUAAAACGGUGCGAUCAAUCGAGGCUGCCGAUCGAGGUCGCGAGGGAGGGGGUAGCGGAAGUGAUUAAAGGUGCACGUGGACGGGCUCGCGCGGGAUUGACGAAAUCAAAAGUGCUGAUAACCUGUUGAGUCUGGUCUACAUAUUUGCUGAAACUGCUUAACGUGUUCUCGAUCUCCUCGAGCUGGACUGAAUAAUUAGAAUCUAGUCGAGGAUGCAUUUCAAGUACGUGAUCGUUGUCCUGUGUUUCUGUGCGGCGUACGCGAACUGUCAGUUCUUCACCUUCGAGAACUUGAGGACCUACGCGAAGAUCUUCCAGUUCAACGGUCUCUCGCCGAACGAAACUGGAAAUGAAUUAUGGGGCGGUUUGUUCAGGGACUGCGACAAGUCCGUCACGUUCUCCUGUAUACAGAAAAACGCGUACACAUAUUUGGACAGCGUUUUCGUGGAACAGGGUAACGUCACAGUUCUCGACGGCGUGACGAUGACGAAGAACGAUUUGGACUACGGGACGUGUCGGAAAAAGGUGGACCCAGUAGACGAGAAUCUAGUCGAAGGAUCCAGCAAGGAAGAUUGCGAUCAGGAUGAGAUCGACGAGGAAGAGGUAGGGAAGGAAGGAGGUCGCGAGUUUCAAGAGGAGGAGGAGUCACCUUUGGAGGAAGUGACUAACGCAUUCCGGAAGAGGGCGGUGAAAUUCCUCGCGACUAGGGACUACGAGAUUCAAUUGCCCGAUUUCUACUUCGAAGGUGCCACGAUCAAAAUAAGUCCUCGCGAGGUGGACGAGAAUGGCGCUCUGGUUAGGCUCGAUUUCGGUGAACGAGCCGUGCAGAGCGAAGGAAGAAUUUUCUUCAAGAAAAUUAGAAAAUUCAUUCAGAAUAAAUUAUUGACGAGCCUGCUGGCGUUGUUGCUUAUAAUCAAGCUGAUCAAGAUCAAGUUCAUGUUCAUUAUACCAUUCCUCUUCGGUGUGGGCACUGCGAAGAAGCUGUUCCUCAAACUCCUGCUCUUCUUCAUCCCAGCGUUCGCGCACAUUUUCAAACUCUGCUCCAGCUACUACUCCUCGCAUAGUACAAAGCACCACCACCACCAUCACCAGAUUGCGCACCACCAUCACCACGUGCCCGUUCCAGUACCAGUACCAACGUAUUACAAUCAUCAUCAUCACCCACACCACCACGACGAAGAGUUCGACGGAUACGAUUAUGCUCAUCCUCACAUUCAAUACCGAAAGGACAUUGAAGAACUGAAAGAAUGGGGUAUAGAACCGUACGAGGAGCCGUACGACGAGCAGCCGGAACCUGCGGUACCGGGACGAGUUCCGGGUGUGCUUCCAGCGUCUUACCAAGCUCCCACGUACGCAGCAGCUUACGACAUUCCACAGUACGCGGCGAACGCUCAAUCGAUAGCCACUCCAUAUGCGGAUAAACGUCCAGUGUCCGCUCACAACUUGGCCUACUCGGCGUACGUCGAUAAUAACCGCCGAACGAGUUCACAGCCCAUUGUCAAUGUCCCUCCGAGUCCUGCGAAUCUUCCGUCAACGGUGUUACCGGCGAACGUGAAGAAUUCGUAUCCCGUGUUCGGCCAACAGAACAUCAGACAGGCUUCGGCGAAAAGUAGUCAAGUAGAGACGAAAGGAAUUGUGACAAUACAGAGACAAGGAUACGACGACGAAUUCUAUGGACCGAUAAUUAAUAGAUUGGAGGAAAUAUUUAGGCAGCUGAGAUUCGUGGAUGAACCCUGCAGGGAAAGGCUAGUGUGCAGCAUGUACAAGAAUCCUACGGUCUACUCGCCGCACAGUAACCUCGUCUCGAACGAGCUAUCCAGAGAUCCGCAAGAGUUGAAGCGAACCGGGAUCGAAACCUCGUCUAGCCAGAAGUUCCACAGAUACCUGAACGCGGCGAGAUUGGGUCAAGAUGGAGGAGACUGUCUGAGAACGUAUCCGUGCCAUAUAAACACGGAAUAACGCUGAGCGAUCAUUUUCCAGCCAGUUUAACGAAACGACGUGAGAACCACGUGUCGAAGUCUCCGUCUACGCUUCACCGCGCGCUGUCGACGUCUCUACGAACGUCUCGUCCCGCGUUGAUGUCUCCGUGCGCGCUUUAAGGCGCGUUGAAGUCUCCGUUAUAAAUUCGUCUGCUUCGUUCCGCUACGAGCGACCCAGACGGCUCACGAGUGUAGAAUUUUUUUGCCCAGUACAGUGUCUACGCUAUUAAUUGAAGUAUGUCAAAUGCUGUUAUUGUACAAUCACUUCGCCUGGGUUCGUGAGAAAUCUAUAUAAGUGUAUUUGUACCAUAAAUAUACAUAUAAGAAUAAACCGCGCUAGUCCGAAGAUAGUAGAAAAACAGAGAAAUACAGUUAGACAAGGACACAGAGGGGGUCUGUAUGAUUCUCUUUCUCUACUUUACUUCUAUCGCUUCCACUUACAGACCACCACUAGCGCGGUCUAUUUUUAUAUGUCUGUGAUUUGUACUUGUCUUUUUAAAUGAAGUCUCCUACGAAUUGAAUCGAAUGAAUCCUCAAUUUAAUUAUAUUUAUUUAUUUAUGUAUGUAUUCGAAUGACUUUUUCUGGGUCGCUAUUACGAAGGCUUUCGGAUAGUUUUCGAGAGAUGCGUACGAAUUCUCUGAUGAAUUGUCAAAUUCGAUACUUUUGACAAUUUGUCAGAAAUUCGAAAGAAAUGUAAUUCAAUUAAAUGAUCCUUGGUGUAUUUAAAGUUUUGCAUUUCUUCAACUACGUCCUCAACUACGUGUGUAUCGUAAAAGAUAAAAGAUUAUACAUAAUUCGCAAGUUAUUUACGAAGUGUAAUUGUACACGCCUAAGUUGUUAAAUAUAUUGAAGUGCAUCAUGGAAGCGAGGAGUGUUUCAAGACAUGCGUAUUUUAUUUUUUAUGCGAUUAUUUAUUAUUAUGCUCCCGGGUGCCAUACCCAGUUUUAUUUAUUAAAUGUGAUUAAAAAUAAGUUAUGUAUAAAUACUGUACAAAAUGAAAUGCUUCGAUCACACUACCUCGAAGUUU